UGGUUGGACGGCCGCGGGCGAAGCUCCCGGCACGAUGCUGUCGGCGGUCGCACGCGCCCCUUUGGGUUCCGAAGCGUCUGAACCCUAGAGUAUUGUGAAACUAGGGUUGGGCCGCGGCCUCCCGCGCCUAGUGGAAGCGGCCAGCCCUGGAUAGCGUAACGAUUUUUUUUUUUUUUGGUCGGCGGUCUGCGAGGUCCCGUGGCUUUUCCAAUUCUCUCUUGCCUUGAGGCUCAAGAACAAUUUGUUUUAACCGAUAGUCUCGGAGGACCUACGGUCUUCCCGCAGAGUAUUCUUGGCGGACUACUGGAAGUCACAGCCAAAGAAAUUCUGUGAUUACUGCAAGUGCUGGAUAGCAGACAAUAGGCCUAGUGUUGAAUUUCAUGAAAGAGGAAAGAAUCAUAAGGAAAAUGUGGCAAAAAGGAUCAGUGAGAUUAAACAGAAAAGCCUGGAUAAGGCAAAGGAAGAAGAAAAGGCAUCAAAGGAGUUUGCUGCAAUGGAGGCAGCUGCCCUGAAAGCAUACCAAGAGGAUUUGAAAAGGCUUGGCUUAGAGUCAGAAAUUUCAGAGCCAAGCAUGACACCAGUAACCAGCACUGUCCCAGCCACCUCUAUAUCAAAUCAACAGAAAGAAAAGAAAGAAAAGAAGAAAAGAAAAAAAGAUCCUUCAAAGGGCAGAUGGGUAGAAGGCAUAACCUCUGAGGGUUACCAUUACUAUUAUGAUCUUAUCUCAGGAGCAUCUCAGUGGGAGAAACCUGAAGGAUUUCAAGGAAACUUAAAAAAGGCAGCAGUGAAGACAGUUUGGGUAGAAGGUUUAAGUGAAGAUGGUUUUACCUAUUAUUAUAAUACAGAAACAGGAGAAUCGAGGUGGGAGAAACCUGAUGAUUUCAUUCCACACACUAGUGAUCUGCCUUCUACUAAGGUCAAUGAAAAGUCCCUUGGCACCCUAGAUGAAUCCAAAUCAUCAGAGUCGCAUAGUGAUUCCGAUGGGGAACAGGAAGCAGAAGGAGAGGUCUCUACAGAGACAAAAAAGCCAAAAAUAAAGUUUAAGGAAAAAAAUAAAAAUGGUGAUGGAGAAAGUGACCCAGAAACACAAAAAGAAAAAACUGUUCAGAAACAGAAUUUAUUAGGUUCAAAUGAAGAAAAACCCAAAACUCUUAAAAAAUCAAACCCAUAUGGAGAAUGGCAAGAAAUUAAACAAGAGAUUGAGUCUCAUGAGGAGGUAGAUUUGGAACUUCCAAGCACUGAAAAUGAGUAUGUAUCAACUUCAGAAGCUGACGGUGGUGGAGAACCCAAAGUGGUAUUUAAAGAAAAAACAGUCACUUCUCUUGGAGUUGUGGCAGAUGGAGUGGCCCCAGUCUUCAAAAAGAGAAGAACUGAAAAUGGAAAAUCUAGAAAUUUAAGGCAACGAGGUGACGAUCAAUAGCUGCAAGAGAGCUUUUUGUAUAUGCUUUUAGGACAGAAUGGAGAUUUAUACCUCUAAAGUUUAUCUCUGUGUGUUUGUAAGUACUUUGAUGCCAAAAAUUUAGAUUUAUUCUAAAUGUAUUUUAUGUGAAUUAAAAUAAAUCUUUUUUCAUGUGAAAUUUAUUUUGGUUCCUAAAAUGGAAGCCUAUCACAUUGCAUUGUAAUACAGUGUAUUAUGUUCAGUGUCUAAAAACUGCUAAUUAUAUCAUAAUUUAAGAUGCUAUGUAUCUGUUAUUUAAAACAUGGAGAAACAGGGCCUUUAUUGCAUUUAUAUUCAUAUGAACAUACUUAUCAGCUGCAUUAAAAAUGCAUUACUUUUGCACAUUGAUGUUAACUGUUGUCCAACAAAUAAGUAUCACUACAUGAGAAGAUUCACAGCCCAGUGGUGAUUUGGUUCUGAGGCUGAUGUUAGAAGGCUGAUGUAAAAAGUGUAUGCAUCUUGGCUUACCUUACUCAAUUUAAGGUCAAAGGCCAACAACCAGGAGCAGCUCAGGUACUUCGGAUGUGCUUAAUAUGGAGUGAAAACUGGGCCAGAGAUGGAAAUGUAUAUUUGCCCCAGUUCACUUCAAAGCAGCAAACGUUGUUUAAGCAAAGUUCAAAAAAAUCUUUGAACCAGGCAUUGUGUUAGGAAUCCAGGGAUAAAGAUGAAUGAAAUAUAUUUCUACAGGAGUUCACAUUCUAGCAUAUUCCUUUUUUCCCCCAGUCAUGCGCUCUUUUUAACAGCCUUAUGUGUACUAGAAAAGAUUUUUUUAAGGUUUAUGUAAGGUCUCUGGCUUUAGUAAAAGUUUUUAGUUUUAAAUUAGUAAUUUCUCACUUUCUGUCUGGUUAAAAUUUCUUAAAAAGUAAAAUUUUCUUAUUUAAUCCACUUAGUAGUUACCUUUUACUUUUCAAAUUCAUAAAAUUAUAUUUCUCAUAAACUGUAUAGUAUUUAACUUUUGGUAGUUAAUACUUGUCUUUUUAAGAUUACUAGUGUACAUGUAAAAAAUAAUAGCUUAUUAAAAACUUUGUCAAAGAA